UACUUGCGGUGAAGUUCAAAUAUAAUAAAUUUGUUACACUGGUCCAGAUUACCAGCAUUCUUUUUUUUUUUUUCAAAGUCGUCGUUCUCUCGCUUUUUCUCUAUUAUUCGACUUUCGCUCGUGUUUUUUUUCCUCUCGUAGGUACCGUGCAGAAAAAUCUCGAAAGUGUACAAUGUGUGUUUUAGGCUUUCGCCCAUUCAAACUGUACGAUAUUUGUUUACUUGUUGUUGGUAAAAUAUUAAAAUUAAUCGUGCAGCGGUACAGUGAAAGUGAAGCUCAACAAUAUUCCAGAGAUUUAUUCUCCAAAAUAGGGACCCGAAUCAUCGAAGACCUAAUGAUGAAAACAUAUUACGAUCAAGAGACAUGGAACGACGUACAGGAUUUGUUUUUAUACGGCAGGAUUACCCGUUUAAUAUGCAAAUGGGACAAGGAUUUAUUUACGCAACUCGACGCCAUUACGUCACUGAAGCAAAUUUUCAUCGUUGAAUCGCCUUCAAAAAUCAACAUCCACGACAUCAUCGCAUAUACAGGGAAAUAUACCAGCGUCGAUUUUGACGGUGAAUUAUUUUGGCGAAGCGAAUCGUACGAUGACUACAUGAUGAAUGUUUUCAAUCGUGACAAUAUCAGCUGGUUGUCCACAAGUCAGGAUAUCAUCAGAUACCUAAUAACGUGUCGUCAAAAACUCCCUAAAUACAUACAUCAAGACACAUAUCACGGACUCCUAGAACUUCAUUUAGGCACCUUGACCAUCACGACGUCCGACAUCGCUACCAUAUUGAUAUCUUUUCCUAAUUUACUCAUUUUACGCAACUAUAAAUUGGUCAAAGCACUUUACGAAAUGUACAACGAAGAGUGGAAAUCAUCAGGUAUCCGGCACAGAUACCAAUUACGUAACCUAGACGCAGAUUUCUCCUACGUGGGACGAUGUACAUUGGCUGUGCAGCCCAUGCUACCUUUGGAUGCUUUACAAUUAGCCACUGAGUUGUGUCCCGAAGCUCAUACGAUUAGGGUACGAUUUGAUUGUUCUACUCAUCACGAUAUCUUGUUACCAUUGACAAAUCUGCAUAAAGUUAAAGAUCUCAGCGUAGUUUGCGUAACAAAUGGAGAACGUAGCUUGAUGGAUUUCACGGAUAUCGAACCGAUUUUGCGACAUCACGGAAACAAUAUAAAAUCGUUGGAGCUCAAGGUAAUAGACGAAGUGGAUACACACGUUAUAACACGAUUCUGUCCAAAGUUGGAGGUACUAAUUUUAAGCGGAAGUAAUUACGUAACUCCGCACACAUGCGUCUCCUACCAAUGUUCGCAAACUAAUCCGACAACGACUACGUCUAACAACAGCAACAGAAGCAAAAACAACAACAACAUCAGUAACUUGACUAAGCUGCGAAUAUUUUUCUUCGCCGAAGGUGAUAACACUGUUUGCAAUAACGUGCCACAAUGUUUUUGGUACUCCACGUUAAAGCCAUCGGAUGAGUCAGGCAGUCGACUAACAUCAAUUUUCCUCGAAUCGCCUCGCAUCCUCGAAUCCCAAGCUAACCAAAUUUUCAACUCGUGUACAGUGCCCAGUUACCCGAACAUGCAAAUUAUCAGUAUCAGUGAUUACAACGAACUAGACGUCACUCACUUGAACUCAUUAACUUCCGGAGACCGCAUAAAAUACCUGCAUAUCUCCCGAUGCCAAAAACUACAACCGCAUCACGUCAAAAGAUGGCAACACCGAUUCAACCGCAGCCAUAUUCUAAUCCACGUUAACUGACCAAUGCUUGACCGAAGACGACCAGAAAACACCGCUUAUUUCGAACCCACGUUAGAAUCUCGCCCUACGAUUUGGAAUUCUUUUCCUUUUCGAAAAAAAUACCGCGCAUUUUUACAUUUUUUUCUUCUUCAAAAAUAAAGAUAGGUAUUCAACAAACAUUCUACAAGUAAUUUUAUUUUGUGUUGGGUCGAAUGUUUUCAUCUUUUUCAAAGAAACAAGUAUUCAAUAUAAAAAUCUAACAUACGGUGAUUUCAUUCAACUACCUACGCAAGUAAUAUUUAUUUUGUUUACGCUCUGUUUUUUCAAAAUAAAAUGAACAGUAUUGGUCACUCUGUUUCAACACAUUGCGAACUGCGAAUAAAAG